GAAAAAUCUAACUGGAUAUCAAUAAGUUGUUUUUUCAUAGGAAGGGGUGGGUCACCAGAUUAACACCUGCUUGUACCAAAAAACAACAAAGGAGGGUAAAUGCGUCAUUGUAACCUCAAAUCUCCCGUCUUUACGCUGGCCGGUGGCGAUGAAAACGAAGAUGGUGCCGGUGAGCUGUUAAAAAGGGUCUCAAAUAAAUCGCCGAGCAAAGCAAGCACCGUCUCUCACUGGUUCUCUCCUCUCAUCACAUUCACAUCGCUUCCUCUCCUUUCCAGACGAAGCAAUGGCUGCGAUUUUUCAAGGGAUCGGCGCGGCGGCGGCGGCGGCGGCUCUGCCUCCUGCCGAGAAAUUCCACUCACAAUCUCCUAGAUUCGUCUCAGCGAGGAAAGGAAGUUUGUUUGUGGUAAGAUCUGAUGGGAGGCCGUCGCUUGGUUCUUCCCCGCGGAGCCGCGGUGCUCAACGCUUGAUUACUAAUGCAGUUGCAGCGAAGGCGGAUGCUUCUGUGACCUCAACUGCAUCUAAACCUGGGCAUGAGCUUCUACUAUUUGAAGCCCUUCGAGAAGGCCUGGAAGAAGAAAUGGAUAGAGAUCCCCGAGUAUGCGUAAUGGGUGAAGACGUGGGCCACUAUGGAGGCUCCUACAAGGUGACAAAGGGCCUGGCUACAAAGUAUGGGGAUCUCAGGGUUCUUGACACACCCAUUGCUGAAAACUCCUUCACUGGCAUGGGCAUUGGAGCUGCCAUGACUGGGUUAAGGCCGAUUAUCGAGGGGAUGAACAUGGGAUUUCUCCUUUUAGCUUUCAACCAGAUCUCCAACAACUGUGGCAUGCUCCACUAUACAUCUGGUGGCCAGUUCAAAAUACCAGUGGUUAUCAGAGGACCUGGUGGAGUUGGUCGGCAGCUUGGGGCUGAACACUCACAACGCCUUGAAUCAUAUUUCCAAUCAAUACCUGGAAUCCAAAUGGUGGCAUGCUCAACCCCUUACAAUGCCAAGGGCUUGAUGAAAGCUGCAAUCCGGAGUGAAAACCCGGUGAUCCUUUUUGAGCAUGUUUUGCUUUACAAUCUCAAGGAGAGGAUUCCAGAUGAAGAGUAUGUGUUAUCACUCGAGGAAGCAGAGAUGGUAAGACCUGGGGAACAUGUCACCAUUUUAACCUAUUCUAGGAUGAGGUAUCAUGUGAUGCAGGCUGCCAAAACAUUGGUGAACAAGGGGUAUGACCCUGAGGUUAUUGAUAUCAGGUCCUUGAAACCAUUUGAUCUUUACACGAUUGGGAAUUCAGUGAAGAAGACACACCGUGUGCUGAUUGUGGAGGAGUGCAUGCGGACAGGUGGGAUCGGUGCCAGUUUGACAGCUGCUAUCACUGAGAAUUUCAUUGAUUACUUGGAUGCCCCGAUUGUUUGUCUGUCAUCACAGGAUGUGCCCACCCCAUAUGCUGGGACAUUGGAGGAAUGGACUGUGGUGCAGCCUUCACAGAUUGUGACUGCUGUUGAACAGCUUUGCCAGUAGCAAAUAUGGUCAAACAAGUUGCAGUUCCAAGUAGGGUAACCAUAGAGCUGUUACGUUCCUUUAUUUUUAUUUUCCCUUUGUAGUUCUGUUACGAAAUUGUCAUUUAAGCUUUUGUUAGCGUUUGUGUUGUUAAGACUUUGCAACUGUUGAUUGAGUUGAGGCUUUUGUCUGUGUUCUUUUCCUUCA